UAAGUGGGAAGGGUUCGUGACGUCAUCGGCACGCGCCGGAAGCGCGGCUACACACGGAGGCUCACACGGGGCUGGCGGCGAGGAUGGCAGGCUUCGCGGAGCUCGGGCUGUCAUCGUGGCUCGUGGAACAAUGUCGGCAGCUGGGUUUGAAGCAGCCCACGCCCGUACAGCUCGGCUGCAUCCCCGCCAUCCUUGAGGGUCGGGAUUGCCUGGGCUGUGCCAAGACGGGCAGCGGCAAGACGGCUGCGUUUGUCCUGCCCAUCUUGCAGAAGCUGUCUGAGGAUCCCUACGGCAUCUUCUGCCUCGUCCUGACACCCACCAGGGAGCUGGCCUACCAGAUUGCAGAGCAGUUCCGGGUCCUGGGGAAGCCUCUAGGCCUGAAAGACUGCAUCAUUGUCGGCGGCAUGGACAUGGUGGCCCAGGCCCUGGAGCUCUCCCGGAAACCACACGUGGUCAUCGCCACGCCGGGGCGCCUGGCCGACCACCUCCGCAGCUCCAGCACCUUCAGCAUAAAGAAGAUCCGCUUCCUGGUGCUGGAUGAGGCGGACCGGCUGUUGGAACAGGGCUGCACUGACUUCACCGUCGACCUGGAGGCCAUCCUGGCAGCUGUGCCAGCCCGCAGGCAGACCCUGCUCUUCAGCGCCACACUGACCGACACGCUCAGGGAACUGCAGGGCCUGGCCACCAACCAGCCCUUCUUCUGGGAGGCUCAGGCCCCGGUGCGCACAGUGGAGCAGCUGGACCAGCGCUACCUGCUGGUGCCUGAAAAGGUCAAGGAUGCCUACCUGGUCCACCUGAUCCAGAACUUCCAGGACGAGCACCAGGACUGGUCCAUCAUCAUCUUCACCAACACGUGCAAGACCUGCCAGAUCCUGUGCAUGAUGCUGCGCAAAUUCGGCUUCCCCGCUGUGGCUCUGCACUCCACGAUGAGGCAGAAAGAACGCUUUGCCGCCCUGGCCAAGUUCAAGUCUAGCAUCUACCGGAUCCUGAUUGCGACAGACGUGGCCUCCCGGGGCCUGGACAUUCCCACGGUGCAGGUGGUCAUCAACCACAACACCCCCGGGCUCCCGAAGAUCUACAUCCACCGAGUUGGCCGGACUGCCCGUGCAGGGCGGCAGGGACAAGCCAUCACACUGGUGACGCAGUAUGACAUCCACCUGGUACACGCCAUCGAGGAGCAGAUCAAGAAGAAGCUGGAGGAGUUCUCGGUGCAGGAGGCCGAUGUGCUGCAGAUUCUCACACAGGUCAACGUGGUGCAGAGGGAGUGCGAGAUUAAACUGGAAGCAGCCAACUUUGGUGAAAAGAAGGAGAUCAACAAGCGGAAGCAGCUGAUCCUGGAGGGGAAGGACCCUGACCUAGAGGCCAAGCGCAAGGCUGAACUGGCCAAGAUCAAGCAGAAGAACCGGCGCUUCAAGGAGAAGGUGGAGCAGGCCCUGCAGCGGCAGAAGGCCAGCAGGGCAGACCACAGGGGGCGUCCACCCGGGGCCCGGCCUGAGGCCCGCUCGGCCCCAGCACCCACCCAGGGCCCUGCCUGAGUCCACAUGGCUCCCACCUGCCCAGCCUGGGACUCCUUCAUCGAGCUGAGGGUCAGAGGGUCCCCCCUUGGAGACAGUCCCCCUCAGCGGAGCCCAUGGACACUCACAUUGUGCAGCCCCCAGCUGGCCCCUUCUCAGAGCCUUGACCGGGGGUCAGACUGCAGGGGAGGAACGAAUGCUGGCUAUGAGGUUGGGCCCAAUUCCACAGAGUGACCCUGGCCCAGGGUCACCUCAGGGGCAUGCCAUAGGGCCCACGAGCAAAGGUGUGUCACUUGCAGGAGGUGCUCAAUAAAUGGGUCUUUCGACUUCCUC